AGGAUGUUGGUGAAAGCAAUCAAAAAAUUUACAAUUAAUCACAUCAUUGUAACUGAAGAGAAGAUUUUGAAGGCUGAAUUUUCGAGUUACGAAAAGUUCUUGAAGUUUGUCGUUACAUUUGAUCUGCGCUCUCUCGUGAUUGAUGGGAAAAUACCGUUCACAACCCAACGAGUCAUCGGCACUUGCGUAAGCGUUGAAAGCAUCAAAGAGAGGCUUGACGCGUUUCCAGCAAUCAUUCAAAAUCUUCCCAAAAUUCUUAGCGCGGCGGAUGAGUUACUUCAUGUUGGGAAAAUGAACGGACACGAGUAGUCCUAAAUAACGUUAGCCGUUAGAGUUUUUACUUUACGUAAUCCAAUUCAUUUAAACUUUAAUUAUUUUUUUCGUACAAUGAUGUGUUCGUACUUGCAGUGCUGCAACAUCAUUUCUAUGUAACAUUUAUAUGAUUCAAUAUAUUACCACAUUCGGAA